GAGGCCCCAGAGCAGCCCGGACGGCAGACCAGGCGAGCAGAGGGCCCUGGAGCGGAGGGGGCCGCAGCCCACACUCAGCACCUGCAGGGAUGGAGCCAGGAGGCUGCGGCUGGGCCGGGAGGCUGGGGUGCCGGCUCUGGACGGCCAUCAGCAAGGCGCUGUUCGCCGAGUUCCUGGCCACGGGGCUGUAUGUGUUCUUCGGCGUGGGCUCGGCCAUGCGCUGGCCCUCGGCGCUGCCCUCUGUGCUGCAGGUCGCCAUCACCUUCAACCUGGCCACGGCCAUGGUGGUGCAGGUGACCUGGAAGACCAGCGGGGCGCACGUCAACCCCGCCGUGACGCUGGCCUUCCUCGUGGGCUCCCAGAUCUCCCUGCCCCGCGCCCUGGCCUACAUGGCAGCCCAGCUGGCGGGGGCCAUCGUGGGCGCCGCUCUGCUCUACGGGGUCACCCCGGGAGACAUCCGAGAGACCCUGGCGGUCAACGUGGGUAACCCUCUCGCCCAGGUGCAGAGCAGAGUCUCGGCGGGCCAGGCGGUGGCGGUGGAGCUGGUUCUGACCCUGCAGCUGGUGCUCUGUGUCUUUGCUUCCACCGACAGCCGGCAGACCGCGGCUUCCCCGGCCGCCAUGAUCGGGACCUCCGUGGCCCUGGGCCACCUCAUCGGGGUCUACUUCACCGGCUGCUCCAUGAACCCCGCCCGCUCCUUCGGCCCUGCUGUCAUCGUCGGGAAGUUCGAAGUCCACUGGAUCUUCUGGGUGGGACCCCUGACAGGGGCUGUCCUGGCGUCGCUCAUCUACAACUUCAUCCUGUUCCCCGACACCAAGACCCUGGCCCAGCGGCUGGCCAUCCUCACAGGCACCUCGGAGAUGGAGGAGGUGGACGGGGUGGAGCCCCAGGAAGACAAGCCCCCGUCCGGUCCAGGGGACACCAAGAUGGAGAACAUGUGUCAGAUAGCAUAGCACUCGGCCUCGCUCAGGCUUUGGCGAGGCCUGUGCAUGGGCAUGUGCCUCAUGUGACACGACUUCAGGUUUCCCGAGGGGGGCGGGGGUAAGGGUGUGUAGGGGGGCUUGGCCUCUUGUCCUAACAGGUGGGGGCAGGGGAUACCAAUCCCUCCCCCGGGCAUCCGUUUCUAGAUAGAAUUCGGGGAGCAAAUCUGUCCCGCUUCCUCCUCCAUCUCCAAUGAACAGCAGAGGGAGGCAGGGGACUCGCGCCUGCCCGCCCCCUCUCUCAUCCAGCUGGACUCCAGACCCCCAGGUCUUGCG